AUGGCAACCAAAGACGAGAUCUCUGACAUGGAGGCCGGCGUUCACCCCGGCUCCUCUCCCCGAGCCACUCAACAAGCUUCCGGCUGCUGGUCUUCACCGGAGGUCGUUCUAAUCAUUCAAAAAAUAAUUGCGGAGGCGGUGGGGACUUUCUUCUUGGUAUUUGCAGGGUGCGGGUCAGUAGCAGUGGACAAGAUUUAUGGGUCGGUAACGUUUCCAGGGAUUUGUGUGGUUUGGGGUUUGAUAAUAAUGGUGAUGGUCUACUCAGUUGGCCAUAUCUCUGGCGCCCAUUUGAAUCCUGCUGUGACCAUCACCUUUGCCAUCUUCAGACAUUUCCCUUACAAACAGGUGCCAAUGUACAUUAUUGGGCAAAUGUUAGGAUCCAUAUUUGCGAGUGGCAUGCUGUGCCUUAUGUUUGAUGUAAAUGAUGAGGCCUAUUUUGGCACAGUGCCUGUGGGAUCCUAUGGCCAGUCCUUUACCAUGGAAUUCAUCACCUCCUUUCUCUUGAUGUUUGUCAUCUCUGGGGUUGCCACUGAUAACAGAUCUAUUGGAGAAUUAGCUGGGAUUGCCAUCGGAAUGACUAUACUUCUCAACCUGUUCAUAGCUGGGCCAGUGUCAGGGGGAUCGAUGAACCCAGCAAGAAGCAUAGGGCCGGCCCUAAUAAUGAAGAAAUACAAAGGGCUAUGGAUAUACAUAGUUGGGCCAAUCUCCGGCACCAUCGCCGGCGGAUUUGCUUAUAAUUUGAUCAGAUUCACCGACAAACCCAUCAAGGAGAUUGCAAUUGCAAAGGGUGCUUCCAUUCUUGGCACCUUCUCCAAAACCAACAGUCGCACUACUAUUACUGUUUAA